CAUUUCCAUCCUGUCAAUCCCAUUUACACCGUUCGCAAGCAAUCAUGUCAUUAUCUAGAGCGGUGGCUCCAACUGCCGGCUGCUAUGCUUGCAGCGCUUAUCUAACCCGAACAUUGGCUUCAUCGGUCGCCGCCAAUGGUCCUUCUACGCUCCGCAGCUCCUGGGCUGCAUCUCGUCCUGCUCGAAGACAAUAUACGUCCACAGCGCCUCGAAGGGUGAGAACCCCCAAUCUUCCGCCCGUGGACAAAGACCCAGGUUCCGACUUCCUGGAAACCCCUGGUCCGGAGCCCAUUCCCUCAGAAACCGAGCCAACUCCGCCCGAAGAAACAGCAAAAGUGGACACGAGAGGAAAAGAUACCACAACCGCCUCCACCUCUGCAAAAACGACCUCUUCCAACCCCACACCUCCCUCAGACCCCUCAAUCCCCUGGUACCUCCGCACGCAACCGCUCCCAACCACACCCUCCCCCGAAGAUGCCCGCGCCCUCAUUCCCGAGCUCCCCAAGAACCCACCCCCCUUACUCCAAACCCUCCUAGAAUACAUCUGCCUCACCGCCGGCCUCGACGACCUACACCUCCUCGACCUCCGCCACCUUGACCCCCCACCCGCCCUGGGACCCAAACUCAUCAUGAUCAUCUGCACCGCGCGCAGCGAGAAGCACCUCCACGUCUCCGCCGACCGCUUCUGCCGCUACCUGCGUCGCGAGCACGGACUCAAAGCCGAUGCAGCAGGACUACUGGGUCGGAACGAGUUGAAGAUUAAGCUGCGGCGGAAGGCGAAGCGCAUGAGGAUGUUGGCGAAUAUCGGCGGGCGCGAGCCCGAGGGGAAUAUCGAUGAUGGGAUCCGCACGGGCUGGAUUUGUUGUACGAUCGGCAAGAUUGAGGCGCACCCUGAGGAUACGGAUAUGCCGGGGGUGUCGGAUGUGGAGGACUUUGUGGGGUUCAGGGAUGUCAAGCCCGGGGUGAAUGUUGUGGUGCAGAUGUUUACCGAGGAAAAGAGGGCGGAGAUUGAUCUGGAGAGGCUGUGGGGAGGCGUGUUGAAGACGCAUGAGAGGAAGGAUGGGGUGGCCGAGGAGCAGUUGAGGGAGUUGGAGGAGCAUCUGGAUGGGGAAUUCGUCAAGGAGAUGGCCCAGAAGGAGGCGGAGAAACGACUGAAGGAAAACCCUCUGGACGCUGAUGUUGGUGGAAAACGGGAAUGGGAAUUCAAGAGGCCGAAACCUUCUGUGGGUGAUGUGUUUCCUCCCGCUUCGGAACCCAGGAUGCAGCAGGUGCGGAGGCUACACACAAUUGGCUUGAGACCGGCAUUCUAGCAUAGGCAUCAGACUUGUACCAUAUACCAUUUGCAAAAGAUUCGGCUUGUAGUUAGAUAUACCCAAACAACUGUACAAAAACCCAACACCACGGCAUGC